AUUGCCAGACUGGACAGGUGUGGUCUUCAGAAAGAGCCUGUUUCAAGGAAAGAAACAUGAGAAAUAGGUACCCCAGCACCUUCGGGGGCGGGGCUCCCUGGCUUCAUUUUCCUCCACACUCUGGGCACCCAAGGCCACCUUCAGCCUCAUUUCCUGAUCGUCCAGCCUCACCUGCAGAGCAGCCUGGGCUGGUGAGGGAGACAGGAAUGCAGCAGACAGGACUCACUCUCGCUCUCGUGGCCUUGGCUGUCUGUGUGGCCCUUCCCUCCUCAGAAGCUAUACUUCCCAUUGCCUCUAGCUGUUGCACUGAGGUUUCACAUCAUAUCUCCAGAAGGCUUCUGGAGAGAGUGAAUAUAUGUCGCAUCCAGAGAGCUGAUGGGGAUUGUGACUUGGCUGCUGUCAUCCUUCACGUCAGGCGCAGAAGACUCUGUGUCAGCCCGCACAGUCAUGUUAUUAAGCAGUGGAUGAAAGAACAAGCGGCCAAGAAAAACACCAAAGGCAACAUUUGCCACAAGAAACAGGCUGACAAGAGGAAAAGUAAAGGGGCACAUCAGGAGAAACCAGAAAUCCACAGCCAUAAAAGUCCUUAUUAACACGCUUACAAAGGAAUCUACACAGACAGUUCCUCAAGUUAAACUUGGCCAUGGUUGCUUAUAAAGCUAUCCUGUGAAUGCUCCUUAUGGGAGUCAACAGGGCAAAACAAAAUAGAUGUUCUAAAAGGAACGGUUAUACAGGAUGCAAAUGUAGCCUAUAAUAUGCUCAUCUGAAAAUGAAAUGCGAAGACAACACUUAUCUUCGUAUCAUAUUUUAAGAGCAGCAUACAGAUACCAUUUCUCCAACAUUUUGGUAUGAAGGGUUGCAAACCGACAGAGAAGUUGAAAGAUUGGUACAAUGAACACUUGUAUACCUUUCACCUAGAUUAAUAAUUGUUAAUAUCUUGCCACAUUUGUUUUCUCUCUCCUCUCUUUGUGGGAGGUGCAUGUGAAUAAAACAUUUUAUA